AUGAAGACCACCUCCGUCCUCGGCCUCUUGGCUGCCGCCGCCUCUGUCUCCGCACACGCCACCUUCCAGCAGCUAUGGGUUAACGGUGUUGACCAAGGCAGCACUUGUGUCCGCACUCCAGUAUCCAACAGCCCAGUCUCCAGCGUCACAUCCAACGAUAUCCGCUGCAACGCUGGCACUGCCGGAGUAGCAGGAGUAUGCACUGUUCCUGCAGGUGGAACGGUCACGAUUGAGAUGCACCAGCAGCCCGGUGACCGAACAUGCACCACCGAAGCCAUCGGCGGCAAUCACGACGGUCCUGUCAUUGCGUAUCUCUCCAAGGUGUCUGAUGCCACCACAGCUGAUGGCAGCAGCAGCUGGUUCAAGAUCUACCAGAAUGGAUUGGUUUCAACCGAUUACUGGGGUACUGAUGUGUUGAACGCAAACUGCGGGAAGCAGGUGAUUACCAUCCCGGCGGAUAUCGCCCCGGGUGAUUACUUGUUGAGGGCGGAGGUCAUUGCCUUGCAUGUAGCUAGCAGCACUGGUGGUGCACAAUUCUACCUGUCCUGCUACCAGCUCCGUGUCACAGGUGGUGGAAGCGCGAACCCUGCUGGUGUCCUGUUUCCAGGUGCUUACUCUGCCUCUGACCCUGGUAUUCUCUUCAACUUGUACGCCAGCUACACCUCAUACACAGUUCCUGGCCCUGCCGUCUAUGCCGUUGGAGGAGCUACUGCCUCAGCCACUGCCAGCGCUACUGGAACGACCACCGCCGCUGCUGCCACCUCAAGCGCCGCAGCUGCAGGCAACAUUGCCAAGUACGGACAGUGUGGUGGCAAUGGAUGGACUGGUACUGACACUUGCUCGGCUGGUUCUACUUGCACAAAGGUCAACGACUACUACUCACAGUGCUUGUAG